CGUUGGUUGGUCGUGAGGUUGGUUAAGGUUCGUUAGCCGUUUGGCUGGUCAAAAGUGAGUGACAUUAAGCAGGCAGGCAUUAAACGAGUGGGAGUUAAUAAUAAUAUUGAAUUGUCCUUGCUACACCAAUUUGCAUACACAGUUUACAGUUCACUUAAUUGUUUAAUGUGAGUCUCAUUAAUUUCGUGGGGCGAAAUUGAAAUAGAGAUCUCUUUUUAAGUACAAAUUUGCAAGAAGAUUUAGCAUUACGGAAGGCGCCAUGCUGUGCAAAGUGGACACCCAGACGGAUGGGACGUUUAAGUUGAAAUUUGUAACCAUUAUGGUGGGGAUUCUGGACGUAAUUCUGGCGUCGUGUGGAUCAUGUGGAGAUAAGAAUGAUAUUUAUUUCCUGGUUACCGUUCUGGUAAUUUUUAGCAUGUCCUUCCUCCACUUGACGUGUUCCUUGUUGGAUGUCUUCAAAGCGAAUUGGACGUCACGGGGAAUGGAUUUUUUAUUCCACUGCGUCGCCGGCGUGUUGAUAAUGAUAACUUCGAUCGUUGUCCUUUCCGCGACGGAUGCGAGCAGUUGUCGCGUCAUGGAGAAGACGAGUGCUGCGACCAUCGGAAUCUUCAAUGCCUUCAUCUACCUCUACAUUUGCUGGCUGAUUAUGCAACUACUUCGCCGGAAGGAUAAAGCGUCCGCAUUUCCGCUCUACAUUUUCUGUGGCCUUAGCCGCGCUCCCCUUUUUCCUGGAAGCGGAGAUGAAGAAAUGAUCCACCAUUUUGAGAGAAAGUUGUCCAUGUCGUCCACCAUUCCGACAAAGUUGCCGAAAAGUCGAGUAGGAACGCAGGAGUCGAUGAUGGUGAACAAAAGUUCGGGCGGAGGGACGCCGACGCCGGUGGAAACUUGAGGUCAUUUUUGCGAGGAGGAGAACGCCUUGAUUUUGGUUUAUGCGUUAAGAGAGUCGUUUUAAGUGGAAGGCUUGGAUUAAUUUUGGAUUUAGCUUGAAUUUAUUACUUUUUGGUUGAUUGAGCACCACUGAUAAAUCAUGUGAAUUAUUCUCUCUGAUCAUACUUAAAUAUAGUGCUACAUUUUUACGACUAAACUAAACACGUGCCAUACGAGACAAGAUACGACUAUAAGAAUAGUAUUUGACACCUUGGAAGACAUGCCUUAAUAAAUGCUAAUGUCUAAUGGAAUUUACGAUGUAUUACAUAUAUAUAAUCAUUCGAUGUAUGUAUGUAACAUAGAAGUUCGUAGAUAGAGAUUGGUUUUACAAAUCGGGGAGUAACUUUCGACUAAAUAGUUUAUGGAUAUGCUAGUCAUUUGGAAAGUUUCUAAUUUUAGAGUAUUUAUGAAAAAUUUAGUGAUAAUUCUAAGGUGUUUGGUAAUUAAGGUUUGGCGUUGCUUGACUCAUUUGGACGAGAGCAGUUUACUUUCCAUUCUUGAGAAUAAAGUUGAUAAUUCCUUGCGUCGA